AUGUACUCGAGUGCAUUCGAGGAUAGCUUCUACAAUCAACCUAUUGUGAUUGACAAUGGUACAAAUGUCAUAAAAGGAGGGUUUACAGGUGAAACUAAGCCCAGAUGCCUCGAGUAUUCCAUUGUGGGAACCCCAAAAUAUGACAAAAUAAUGCAAAGUAAUGGAAUUGAAAGCGAUUCAUUCAUUGGUAACAAAGCACAGAAGUACAGAGGAAUAUUAAAGUUACGACAUCCUAUGUUGCGUGGUGUAGUUCAAAAUUGGGAUGAUAUGGAAACAAUAUGGCAAUAUGUCUUUGACGAUACCCUAUACUUGGAAAACCUGAAUGAACAUCCAAUAUUGAUAACUGAGCCACCACUUAAUAAUAUGGCGAAUAGACAAAAGAUGUGUGAAGCUCUAUUCGAAAUAUUUGGGUUUCCAGCGGUGUAUAUAUCAGUCUCCCCGGUUUUAUCAUUAUAUGCUAGUGGACAGACCACAGGAUGUGCUGUGGAUUGUGGAGACGGAUACUGCACUUCUAUUCCGGUCUACAAUGGAUUUAGUCUAGCAUCUUCAGUAAAAAAGAUAGAUAUUGGUGGAUGUGACAUUACUGAGCAAUUACAAUUCAGUAUACUGAAGAACACUGGAUUAUUCAUGUACUCGAGUAGUGAACGAGAAAUCGUUAGGACAAUAAAAGAGAAAGUAUGUUACAUAGCUACAGACUAUAAUUUAGAGACAGAAAAGUAUUUAUUCAAUGAAGAGAAAAUGGCAUCACAAUUUAAAUUACCCGAUGGUAAAAUGUUAAAUAUAUCACAGGGCAAAUAUACAUCAACUGAAAUAUUGUUCAGGCCGGAGUUGAUAGGCUCCGAAUUUGACAGUCUACCGGAAAUAUGUUACCAAUCAAUUAAGAAAGUUGAUUCUGAUUUACGAUUGCCACUUUACUCGAAUAUUGUAUUGAGUGGUGGUACUACUAUGUGCCCAGGUUUUGGUAGCAGGCUACUGAAAGAAUUGCAAACGUUGACAGGGUACGAUACAAAGAUUAGGAUCAUAGCACCUCCAGAAAGGAAGUAUACAUCAUGGAUUGGUGGAUCUAUACUGAGUGGACUGUCAACAUUUUCUAAGAUUUGGGUUACGAAAUCAAUGUGGGAAGAAGACAAUAAAAUAAUUCAUUCAAAAAUCAUGCAUUAA